GCCUGAAUGAAGGACUGUGUCCUCCGUUCAUCCCAGAGUCACCAAUCAUGCUGGCAGUUGGUGAGAAAAACAAAGCUUUUUCCUCAAGAUGUGGACAGAGAAGGAUGCUCCUUCUAAAGGCACAAAGAUUUACCAGAUUUUCUCACUUGUAUUUCUUGGAUUCCUAAAAUCUGGUGAAGUGGAGGCAGUGAACAUGACCAUCCCUAACACUCUGAUCAGAGGAGCACUUGGAGGGGAAGCCCUUCUUUCAGUUCGCUACAGCAGCUCCAGCCUCGACCCCCCGGUUAUAAAGUGGCAACUUCAAAGGGAAAAGGCAGUCACCGUGGUUCAGUCUGUUGGAACAGACAUCGUUGGGACAUUGAGGCCUGAGUAUCAAGACCGCAUCCUUGUGUUUGACAACGGGACUCUGCUGCUCCACAACCUCAGACUCUCUGAUGAUGGGACCUAUGAGGUGGAGAUCUCCAUCACAGAUGAUAUUUUCCCCGGAGAGGGAGACAUCAAACUCACGGUGGAUGAGCCUAUAUCCAGGCCAUUCAUCCACAUGGAGUCCUCAUCAGUGCUGGAGCUUACUGAAAACUUUGUCCUUAACUGUUCCCAUGACAACGGAACCAGGACCACGUAUAAGUGGUUUAAAGGUGGGAAACCCUUGACCUAUGAUUCGAGGUUUGUGUUGUCACCUGAUCAGAAGUGGCUGACCAUCCCCCGAGUGCUAAUGACUGAUGAGGAUAUCUACAGCUGCACGGUGGGGAACCCAUUGGGCAAUAUGAGCAGCCUGCCAAUCAGACUGGCCGUAUACAGAAGAAGCUCUGUCUACAUUAUCCUGUCCACUGGGGGAAUCUUCAUCUUCAUCACGCUGGUGACGGUGUGUGCAUGCUGGACUCCCACUAAAAAGUCCAGACAGAAAUCUAGAAAUUCCAGGAUUUAUGGACCCUCUUAUCACACACAGCUAAAACAGAGAGAUGAUGUGAGGGAGCAUAACGGGAUAAAAACUGUAACUUCCCUUUAUGUUCUCCAGCAAAAGGAUCCCCCCAUGGACGACGACUCUAGCAACAGUAUUGGGUCUCUCUCUGAGCUGGACAACCCUCCUUCCUACACAACUUUCCCCAAGUACACAAAUUCUCUGGUGCAGAUAUCCGAUCCCUCUAGAGGCCCCUCCUUCCCAAAGACUAUCUGAAGGUUCAUGAACUGUUCACCAUGCAGGGCAGAUGAGCUGCUCAUUUGAUGUGUGUCUUCAUGCAAAAGUGGCUUUAAGUCUUUAUGAACUCAAAUCUGAAGUUUAGGCAUUUUUCCAGGAUCUGGUUUCCAUUGCCUUGCAGAAAUAUCUACAUCCUGCAAGCUUUAUUUCAUUUUGCUCAGUAACGAUUAAAAACAGGAGGAUGUUUUAUUGGGAUUUUAUGUGAUAGAGUAACAUCAAAUAUCAAAAAUAUAGAAUCAUGAUAAAGUUGAAGUAAUUCCAGCUGCAGGGCAUCGCUUGUAUGCAAAGAUGGUAAAAGUACUCACUUUCCGUACUUGAGUAAAAGUACAGAUACUUGUGUUAAAAAAUACUCUGGUAAAAGUGGAAGUACUGAUUAAACUUCUUUACUCAAGUAAAAGUAACAAAGUACAGGCUU